AUGGGACUUGUUGGAUUUUUGUUGCACCGAUUUGCUCGUAAGAAGAUCAUAACAGAAAAUGAUCUGGAGGAGUCCACUCUCAACAGAUGUCUCACUACAACUGACCUCAUUGGAUUAGGCAUAGGCAGCACUUUGGGAGCUGGUUUAUAUGUUGUGACAGGACAAGUAGCCCUGGAAAAUGCUGGCCCAUCGGUUACAAUAUCUUUCCUUGUGGCUGCUCUGGCUUCUGCUUUGGCAGGUAUAUGUUACGCUGAGUUUGCUGCCCGUAUUCCCCGCGCUGGUUCAGCAUACGUGUACAGUUACGUGACUGUUGGAGAGCUGAUGGCGUUUGUUAUUGGAUGGAAUUUAGUUCUUGAGUAUGUUAUUGGCACAGCAAGUGUUGCUCGAGGAUGGAGUGCAUAUUUUGAUUCAUUAAUUGACAAGAAAAUCUCCAAGUUUUUCAAUGCAACAAUGCCGAUACGUAUCAGUGAGUUGUCAGAGUAUCCAGAUUUCUUCGCCUUUGGAAUAACACUUCUUCUAACAGUGUUGCUGGCUGCAGGAGUCAAGGAGUCCACCAGGUUCAACAAUAUAUUCACCUGUGUUAACUUAUUGGUUGUUCUCUAUGUGACCAUAUGCGGCCUCUUCAAGAUCGAUUUUAAGAACUGGCAACUCGAAAAUGUACCAGCAGGAGCUGGAAGUGGUGGUUUCAUGCCUUUUGGAUUCUCAGGAACAAUGGCUGGAGCUGCAACCUGUUUCUAUGCCUUUGUCGGGUUUGACUGCGUAGCUACCACAGGUGAGGAGACAAAGAACCCACAGAAAUCAAUACCCAUUGGCAUUGUGGUCUCUCUGCUGCUGAUAUUCCUGUCCUACUUCAGUGUGUCGGCGGUCAUCACGUUGAUGUGUCCAUAUUACCUACUGGACAGAGAUGCAGCUCUCCCCGCAGUCUUUGACCGUGUUGGGUGGGGAGUGGCUAGGUACAUUAUAACAGCAGGUGCUGUCUGUGGCUUGUCUACAAGCCUCCUUGGUGGCAUGUUUCCCCUCCCAAGAAUUCUGUAUGCAAUGGCAAAUGAUGGAGUAAUUUUUAGGUUUAUGGGGAAAGUGUCCGAGAGGUUCAAAACACCCCUGAUUGGGACAGCAAUUUCAGGAUUGUUUGCAGGGCUGAUGGCAAUGAUGUUCAACCUGAAGGAACUUGUAGACAUGAUGUCUAUAGGAACACUGUUGGCUUACACUCUUGUCUGUGUGUCUGUGCUUAUUUUGAGGUAUGAGGCUGAUGUGAAUCUUCACGGCAGCAUGAGUGUUACCAAGAUGGAUGCUGCCACACGAGCAGCAACAACAAUGGAACCAUUUUUCAUACGACUUUUGAUAUCACCUGAAAGCAGCCAGCCAACACGUCUUACCUCCAGAAUAGUCAAAAUUUCGGUAGCUUUUAUGGCUCUGUUUAUUACAGCAUUUUCCGCCUUUUUGAUAUUUGCUGCUGAUUACCUUUCUGAGAUAGAAAUCUGGGCAAUAAUUGUUGCUGUGAUAUUUGGGCUGCUGGUUUUGUCAUGUGGCAUUGUAAUUAUUGUUCAACCUCAGAGUAGGGCAUCAUUACCAUUUAAGGUUCCAUUUGUGCCGCUACUGCCAGCAGUCAGUGUAUUCAUCAACAUCUACCUGAUGUUGAAACUCUCUGCUAUGACCUGGGCUCGGUUUAGUAUAUGGAUGUUAAUUGGUAAGACAUUUGCUUCUCUUUCUGAUAUAUUAUCAUUACAAAUCUUUGCAUGA